AUGAUGGCCACUACUGCAGUACUGACUGCCACAAAGAACGAGGAGCGUGACGACCUGGAGCUCAGCACGACCGCCUACGACGAGGUCAUCCGAGCCGAUAAGCUGCGCACUAAUCUGCGUCACGGCGGUGAGUACCGUAUUUCAUGCUCAGCGUUUUGGCACUGUCAGAGCAGCAACAGCAGCGGCGACGGGGCGGUCGACCACCGCAUCCACGCGACACCGCAUCUUUCACGACUCUCCAGCCCGCCGCAACAGAAACCUAAGCAGCAAACAGCGAGUACCGCGUCACCGACGCCGGCAAAUACAUUGUCGCUCUGGAAAACCGAAGCUGCCACGGCAGUCACUCAGCGUUGCGCCUCCGGCCAGAGCGUGUCGCCGCCGGAACCGAAGGCGGAAGAUGUGCUCGCCAUCCCUUGCCCGCCACCCCUCGGAGGCAAGCGCAUCAGCACGGAAGGCGGCGACGCUGAGCUGACCUCCCAGCAGUUUGCGAGACGUCUGUUAGAUCUGCCAUCUUUCCGCCAAACACAAAUUGCCCUUUCCUUCUCAGCAGCUGCGACAGAACGGGAACAGAUGGUUCCAGCCCCUCCAGCGGCUGUACCGCCGAGCGACCACUGCAGCCUCGGGUCGUUUGCACUAAAACACUGCUCUCAACGCUUUCCUAACCUCUUACAUCAUCAGCAGAAGCAACAGCGACGUCAGCGCAACAGCGCCAGCUCCUUGGAGGGCUGUAACACUGCCGCAGUCGCAACUGCCUCUAGCGCUGCGACCCUCUCAAGCGGCAUAGGCACCCGCGCCGUUGCCAGCGAGUUGCAACUGCUGUCGCCGCGGACCAAUUCGGGAUCGCUUGGCUCAACAGGGAAACGCCUUUCCAGCGCUACCUCUAUAGACCGCCGCUGCGUGCCACUCCUCUCGCCAUCCCUAGAACCGCCUCCGGCUCCGUCAUGCACGUGCGCGACCAAUACGCACGCUCCGUCAACAUCGAGCCCAAUGUCGCGGUCCUCACCACCGGCGGAGGUGCACGCCGCCGUCGCCAUCUCCUCUGUAUGCAGCAAGUGUGUCAGUGGAAGGCGCAAAAGUGGCCUAAAUCCCACCCGCCUUUCCACCACAAGUUUGUCUCCGGCCGUCGGGCGGGUGGGCUCUGGCGUCGUGGAGGGGCUGUCGCCUCAACCGACGCCGCUACCGCAAGUCCUCCUACCACCGACGCUGCGCGCACUGCCGAAAGGGUGGGGAUCGCUGCCACCGGUGAGCAAGCAUCACAACCCAGCGAGUAGCGCCGUUGGCAACUCUUCGCGGGGCGUGAUUUCAGGUGUAACAGCAGCGCUCUUAGGUGUAGGAGUGACAGCCAUGCCCGCAUCGGCGGCGUCGGCAGGUUGUGCUGGCCCGGCUCUGACUCCUAUUGGUGAGCUAGCCACGGACGCUCAGCGCGAGAACGCCCCUGCACGACCUCUAGAGGCCAAUGUGUGUGCUCUGUUCAGUGGCAGUGCGUAUGCCGAUGUACGCGCAUUGACUGAGCUUCGCGUGCUCCGUGCCCUUCCAGUAGCGCGAACAUUUGUCGACCAUGCGGCCGUCAAGGCCGCCGUCGUCGCAGCGACGACGGCGCCGUCGCCGGGCACCCACGAGCGAGGAUGCAGGGAGACCCCGGGGUGCUCGAAAGAAGCCGCAGUUGUCGUUCUCCCGACAUCUGCGGUGCCAAAAGGCGGUGUCGAGGCAGAGGCAGCAGCGUUAGGUACGGUCUUCUCGGUGUGCUCGACCUCCCUGCACAAUCCGCUGGCACAGAUAACACCCGUGUCAUUCAAGUCGCAGCAGCAGCUCUACAGCAGCACCAAGUCAGGCAGCGGUCCCACCGACGACGAGCGCGACAGAGCUACUUGCCGAAUCAGCGAUAUUGCUGGUAACACGAAGGUCGCAUUCGGCAGCGUAUUAAGCCCGCCGAUGGUCGACGGUGUGCCGCCAAAGGUGGCAUCGACCACCAGCCGUUCACCUCAGCAGCCGUUCACCUCCUCUCUUGAGUGGGAAAGGCAAGCCGGGGAUCCCGGCACGGGCACUGCGAUGUCGCCGGAAUCCAAGUUUGGCACAACGCCGGGCCGCAAACGCGACGAUGAUGCGGUGGUCAUCGAGGAAGCCGUCGUGUCGGCUGUGGGCAUCAGUCCAAUGCCGUCCCCGGCGUCCUUGCCACUGACGACGCCGCUGCAGGGCUCGCAGAGGGCGGCGUUUCGGUUCUACAGCGUCCUCGAAAGGAGUAAGGACCGCAGACGCGGUCCCCAUUUGCUCUCCGCCCACUCAUCAAUCGGCUCCUCCGCAGAGGCGGGGGACGGGUGGACUGUGGUGCCGAAGGUGGAAGAAGCGGUGGUGGAUGGAGGUCUUUGUUUUCACGGCAGGGAUCAAGGAACUGAGCCACGCGUCUCCGCAACGCUGCUGCAGCAGUCGGUGGGUGCGGCGGCGACCAGUAACGUGUCCAGUAAAGCGGAGAGGUUCAAGGCGGCUCACAAGCGCCUUUCCCGCCAGCGUGGAAACCGCGAGGAGUCGGUGGCUGGAUUUCUGAGAGAAAGCAGUGCCGUCAGCAUGCCCGCGAGUAACAGUAGCCGCAGGGAGCUGUGGACGGGCCUGCAGCUGUCGCAGUCGAUCACCUCCCUGAUGCGCCGCCCCGGUCAUGAGGCGGGAGUGCGUCACAUGAGCAGUGACAUGUGCUUCGGAACGUUCAUCUCUUCGGUCGACUCUUUCCGCUCAUUUCCCGAGGACCACCAGUCGUCCUUUUAUCUGGGCAACACCACCAACGAUCGAAGCGCCUCUUCAGAAACACGGUCGGCCUCCCCGAACUGUUCCGGCGUGCGCAUGAAGCACGAGCGCGGCAAACUCGGAAACAGCACUCGGGGACACACUCAACGGAAGCGCGAAAGUCAUGGUGUCGACUGGGCGGUCGCGAGCGCAGCUUCGCAUCAGCUUAGUGUAAACCGCGACCACGAUACCCCCGCUGGAGAUAGCUUGGAGCAACCGUAG